AUGCAUGCUCACAGUGUUGAGCUCAAUUGGUUUUUGCCUCCCCGUGGUCUGUGCAACCUGAGGAUGGUCGGAAAAUACAAGCAGAAUCCUUUGAAUGGUCUAAACAUAAAGCCAGCAACCUCAGCACACCAUCUCUCUGGGUUUUCCUUAGUCACAAUAGGGUGUAUCAUUUUGAAUCCCUCUCGGCGGUACGAAUGCAACUCUUGGUCGCUUGGCCUAAUGCCCACUGCUGGUGGUGGUUGA